AUGAAUGUUUCACAUGAACAAGGAAUGAAGUCCCCACUUAGAACGACCAUGAAUGUUUCACAUAAACAAGGAAUGAAGUCCUCACUCAGAACGACCAUGAAUGGUUCACAUGAACAAGGAAUGAAGUCCUCACUUAGAACGACCAUGAAUGUUUCACAUAAACAAGGAAUGAAGUCCUCACUUAGAACGACCAUGAAUGUUUCACAUGAACAAGGAAUGAAGUCCUCACUUAGAACGACCAUGAAUGUUUCACAUAAACAAGGAAUGAAGUCCUCACUUAGAACGACCAUGAAUGUUUCACAUAAACAAGGAAUGAAGUCCUCACUUAGAACGACCAUGAAUGUUUCACAUGAACAAGGAAUGAAGUCCUCACUUAGAACGACCAUGAAUGUUUCACAUGAACAAGGAAUGAAGUCCUCACUUAGAACGACCAUGAAUGUUUCACAUAAACAAGGAAUGAAGAACGACCAUGAAUGUUUCCAUAAACAAGGAAUGAAGUCCUCACUUAGAACGACCAUGAAUGUUUCACAAACAAGGAAUGAAGUCCUCACUUAG